GGCCAUCUUUUGGCAGCAGGACAAGAGAUCUCGGUGUGGAUGCCUAUCCAUAAAGAAGGAAGCCAGCCUUUGCCGGCAUGGAAAAAGCUGUGGCAUAUAAGACCAGCAACGCAUGUUGCUAUAGCAAAAUUUGAACCAAACUCUAUGCUUUUCGCUACCGUUGGCUCGGCGGAUCGUCUUGUUACGUUGUGGUAUACCUCAGCUAAUACUACUGGGUCCUCCGAACUGGAUUACCACUUUUUAUACCUUUCGCAUCCUCAAUAUGUGACACACAUUGUAUGGCGACGGCUACUAGGUCCUAAUGGCGCUCCGGCUUGUACCUUAUUUACAAUGGCAAAAGAUGGUAUUGGACGGUUCUGGCGACCGAUCGAUCUGGAACAGCCACAUAGACUACACAUGAGUGCUGUGAUUGAUCCAAACCAGUCGCUUGUUACUGAACCAUCAUCAUCAUCAUCAACGGACGACGUCAAUCAACAGCAUCACACUUUAUGUAAUGACGACGACGACGACGACGACAACGAUUUUACACCUAUCCAUUAUAUCAGUUGUGACGAAUUGAAAAGCUCGCUUUAUGCACAACUACGAUGUCAUUCAAAACAUGACAAGUUGGAUCACAGUUUGGAGAAAAUGCGCGAUUUGAUUCGCGAUACGCCCGAUUUGUUAUUCCGAAUUCAGGCUGAUGGAUCACUUACGUUCUGGGGAGUUCAGCAUUUAAAUGUGUUACCGCGUAGAGUUCCACGUGUCUUUGUUGUGCUUCGGGUGGCACAAGCUGUGAAUCCAGAUGAUAUUCCGUACUUUCUCAACGCGGUCCAUGUUCUCCACGACUAUGCCCAUAUACAAUCGUCUUCGAGUAUUAAACCCGCAGAGCUUUCACUUGUUGCAAGGAAUCGACGUGGCCAGUUACGAUGUUAUGGAUUAAAUCUCGUUGAUUUUUUGGAUACGACGGUAUUUGCACCACGACUCUAUGUUAAAUACAGCUGGCUUGGUCAUCGUCAUACCAUCCGUUCUAUCAAACAAGUCGCCAACAAUCGUCUAUGCACGAUCGGGACGGAUGGAGAAGUAAAUGUGUGGAAAUAUGGAUUUAGAGAGACACGAUGGCGUCCAACAACACAAUUACGUCUGACCAGUUCAAUGAGCUUUAACUUUUCCAAAUUGCUUGCUACAACACUUGGCCAAGAUAGACAUAUCGCAAUCUAUGAUGGCGAACAAGUAGCGAUCUAUGUCUUGGACAACACAGGUUAUCAUAUACAACAAAGGUUCGCAUGUGAAGCCUACGAUCCAACCAGCACAGCGCCUUUAUCUUCUUUGCAUUUUUGCAAUAUACCCAAUGAUGAUGAAGGGCAAGACAACAACAACAGUAGUUUUAUCCUCAACAACAAAAAACCGGCCAUCUAUUUACUCAUCGGCAUAUCUACCAGCUCGAGCUGCUCGUUCAUUUGGCAAAUCCAUAUGAAUUCCAACAACCCAAACGAAAUCGACAAUGUCACGUUUGUUCAAUCACAAAGUUUCGGUGAAAAGUGGAAAAACAAUGCUGCUGCUACUACUACCCAUGUCGAGUUGAGCGGGAAUUAUGGUACUAGUACCACGUCGACUUUACUUGCUUCGCUCGAACGUCGUUCUACAACAACAACAACAACAACAGAAGGUAGUGGUACGGUCACCAUGACGGUGUCCAUAGACCAAGACGUUCUUUGCUAUAAACUGGUUUCUUCAAAAACGAGCAAUGAGCAACAAGGAACAAGCUUUGAAUGGAAAGACAUGUAUACUGUGCAGACGCAUCUAAAGGAUAUACGACGCAUUCGCCGGACGGCCAAUGUCAUGGCGAUAGUGUCAGGAUCUGAAAAGCAACAUACACUUUCGCUAUGGUCGGAAAUUCGUACGGAUGUUCCACCUAUUCUACAAAAGCAACUUUCUUUUUGGGAGCCAGUAGUAGAUAUCGCAUGGAACGUUUCUUCAGAUGGACAAUUUGUAUUAGCUGUUGCAUUUGCUCAAAAGAUCAGUAUUUAUGGAGAAAAGCGCGCCACUCAAGUAGCAGCAGAAGAACGGAAUGGUUCUUCCAAUGAUUGGGUCAGCUAUGUCACAUUUGAUGUUGAUACACCGGAUGAUAUAUCCGGAAUUGCAUGGCUUGACUAUGGUGUUCUUGCCGUUGCGGCUGGAAACCAACUCCGUUGCUAUCUCAAAUGGCUAACGCGUGGCGAUCAUAUCAAACAACAACCACCCUUGGAUCCGCAGUUUGAGCCCAUGUCCAACAUCUAUGAUGAAUCCUACGAACUCAACGGCCCUCUACCUUUUUAUCAUCCCAAUCUUCUAAUCCACUAUUUGAUGUGGGGUAAAAUCGAUUUGAUCAAUGCAGUGUUAUUAGCAGUAUAUCGAUUCUUGCGCCAUAUCAUUGACGAAGACGAUAUCACGGUCGAUCACGUUCCCCAAAUAUGUCUUUCAACACUUUUAAGGCUACAAAAUGAAUCGGAUGGAACGUCGAAAAAGAAAAAGGAACAGCAAUACAGUUCAUUGUUUGGAGAAGAAAGUCUUGAUGAAACAGACAUGGCCAUUGGUGCAGACGAUGAGGACGAUACACGCCCAUUAACUCGACAAGAAACUCGAUAUCUUGUUGAUCAACUGAAACGACGUCAACUGCCAGGCCUUUCCGACCAUGAAAAAAUACACUUGGUGGCCAUGAUCGAUACAUUUGUAGAGAUUUCAACACAAGGCGAAUCCUUGGACGAGAACGGUGCGCGUUUCACGGCUCUUUUAGAAAACUUUUUCCAUCUAAACGAAGCACUUGCUUCUGAGGAAAGAAAGAAAGAGCUUGCUCCUCGAGACCUUAUUUGGGCGUUACACAGUCAAUCACAGGAUCUAUUGUUGGAACGAUGUCUUCGUCUGUGUGGCGGAAAGCUACUUUGGGAAGAUGCUAGAGCAUUGGGCAUUUUCAUGUGGUUGCAAAAAUCCGAAGUGGUGACCGAGCAAAUGACAAAUAUAGCGCGUAACACGUAUCUCAAUCAAGAUAUCAAGGAUCCUAUCAAUUGUACGCUCUAUUAUCUGGCGCUUCGUAAAAAAAGUCUAUUGCAAAGUCUAUGGCGUACGGCAAGUCAUCAUAAGGAACAAGUUGUCAUGGUCAAGUUUUUGGCGAAUGAUUUUACUGAAUCUCGUUGGAGAACGGCAGCAUCUAAAAAUGCAUUCGUGCUUUUGGGCAGGCAACGUUAUGAAUACGCGGCUGCGUUCUUCUUGCUUGCGGACAAAUUGGGUGAUGCAGUGGGUGUCAUUCUCAAGAACCUUAAAGAUUACCAGCUUGCUAUAGCAAUUUGUCGUGUUUAUGAAGGUGACCAUAGUCCUUUACUUCAAUCAAUUCUACACACCCACGUUUUGCCUAUAGCAAAGGAAACAAAUGAUCGUUGGCUUAUGAGUAUGGCGUAUUCUAUGCUGAAUGAUUCUAAAGAAUGCAUUCGGUCGCUCGUGGUACCCCUAACCACUGAUGAUGAUACCAGCAGUGAUAUCACUGCGGAUGAUAAUGACAGCACAGCUGUUGCCGCCAACGUCAAUGAUCCAAACCUAUUCAUUCUGUACCAACAUCUCAAGAAACAAUUCCGUUUACAAAACAAGCAAGGACUCGAAAUAUCACCUCAAGUGGAAUAUGUGUUUUCACUGAAUGUCAGUCGAGCCUAUGAACGGUUGGGAUGUCCGUUGUUGGCUUUGUUUAUCCUGUCCAAAUGCAAGAAACCUGCUGAACACAUUGCAAUUGGGAACGGUACUACCACUCCCGGAAAAGAUAAGAGCAAAAAGUCAAAGGAAAUGAGAGCCGCCGAUCUGUUCGCUUCUGAUAAUGAUGAUGAUGACGACGACGAUAACAAGCCAAAGGAAUCAAGAGCUGCUGACUUGUUCGCUGAUGAAGAGUGUUUAAACAAGAAACACGAUGCAGCUGAUCUGUUUGCGGACGAGGAAGAUAUCUUUGCCACCAGCAAACCUGCCGCUUCGUUGUCCGAUGAUAUCUUUGCUGAUGAACCAGACGUAUCGGAAAAAACGGACAUCUUUGGUGAUAACGAUGAUGACUGGCUUAAAACAGACAAUGACGAUGGGCUAUUAUUAAAAGACGUCGGUGAUGAGAACGAUGCAGAAACUGGUGAUGAAACGUCCAUGUCGGGUCAACAAGGUGAUAACGCAAUGGAUGGCCUUGGUGUCUAUAAGGCUUUACAAGUGCUACGGUUACUUCAGACCAUCUUCCAUAGCGCUGCUGCGUUAUAUGAUAGUACGGUUGCAGGAGAGCUUGGAAGUAACCACAACUACCAUGCCUCCUUUGUACAGACGCAAGAAGAUAUACUUUCAUUGGGUGAAUCUGCACACAUUCCACGCGCAGUAAUGCGGCGACUCUUGCUCGAAAAGAGCAUAGAGGUGGAUGUGUUUGGCCUGUAUCUCAGUAUCAUUGAUACCGCCGAUGCGUCGUCGAUUGUCUCUCCAAGCGACGCAAAGACAUUUAUGGCAGCGUUCAAGACGGGCUGUUUACAAGUCUUUAGAGCUGCUCUUACGGAUCAGGAAUACUACUAUUCUGGACUUGCUUUUAUGGAACAUUGGUCAGAGCGCGUCAUGUCAACGUAUUCGAUAUGGAGCAACUUACAGCAAGACAUUUCGUUUGCCCAAGCACAAAAGAUUGCUCUGAACGCAUAUGUUACUAUGAUCAUGGUCACAUUAAAGCAGCGGCACUUUGAAAAGACGUGGUCGUUUUUGAGCAAUUUCAAAAACUUUUUGGAAUCUUUGUCUGCUGCUGAUACGAUCCAACAAGGUUUGAACAAAAUUCAUCAAAACGAAGAAAAGAUGGUAGAUAUGGAUCCCGAUGAUUUCGAUACAUUCUCGGAUGAUACCCUAUUCGGAUACAAUAUGGAAGAAGAAGUAUACAGACCUACAAGUGACUGUAAUGAUCGUUCAGCAGGAUCAAACAUGUUGGAGGUGGCUGCGUUGAAUUAUGUGCUUUCUAUUCUGGAAGGCUAUAUGCAACAUGCUGAGAAAAAAUUGGAAGCGACCAGUGAGCUAAUCUCAUUUAUUUGGAUGGUCAUGCUGGAUCCAAUUGCCUACCGAGCUCACGGUCUCAAAGAUACCAUCAACACCCAACUAGAAGGAGAUUUGACGAAACGUAAUAUGUCGAGAGAGUUCAAAUCUUUGCGACAGAAAAAGUUUUGGCGUUCACUCAAAUCACUAAGAGCGCAAGAGCGAUUAUUACCCUUUAUUAACUUUGCUCCUCCCGAUAUCAAUGUACUACCGGAUGAUACGGAACAACCUCCACAAACCUUGUACAGUACGCCAACAACUGCCCACGCCUUUGCUGUGAGCUCAGUAUGUCCUGAUACUGUUGCUCUUGUCAUGAAAUCCGAGGUUCAAGAAAUCGAUCUCGCCGGUGCACAACACUAUGGAGCACAUAUGGUUCGAUCUACGUCGUAUUCCUCUACCGGUAUCGCUCAAGAGCACCAUCGACAUCAUCCGCAUCAUACGGAUAGCUAUCCCGAUACUGAAGAAGAAGACGAUUUCGGCAAUCAUUCUUCAGAUGCUGAAACCGAUGUAUCAGGCAGCAAACAGCAACAGCCACUACUUGGAAGGCAGCGAUCCAAAAGUCAUCAUUUACCACACCAUCGUGGACCUUACCAUGGGAAAACGCCCAAUAGCAGUGUUGCUGCUUCACCAGCAAGUUUACGGCUGGCAACAGAUGGUGCUUCAAGUAAAACUGCACAAACGACACAUAAUUUGGAUAAUUUGCACGAAACGUUGAAACGGUCACUCGGUAUAAGUGGCAAAGACGGCGUGUUCUCUGGGUCAGAAGCAUCACGAUCAUCGGCAGGCGCAAGCUCAAAUGGUUCCAUUGCAGACAUGGUAACCUUGAAAAGGACGAUACAAGCAACGUGUGCUGAGGCGCAUCCAUACUUUCCAUUUUAUAUUACUGGCUGUGAAAUUAACGGUAAUGGUGGACCAAGUGUCAUGCUAUGGCAAUAUGGACAAGAGCAAGAAAUUGCUAGUUACAACGGUUGUCAUGGCAAAGUAACCAGAGUCCACUUUGAUCAGGUUGGGCAACGAUUUGGUGCAGGUGAUACUACAGGAGGUCUUUUAUUCUGGCGGUUCGAUUCAUAUGCCCAUUCGAGCAAGCCGUACUAUAGCAUUCCAUCCUGUCACUCCAAAUCAACACGUGAUUUUACCUAUCUAGACUCAAGCAGUCUUGUAGCUAGUGCAGGUACAUCGGUCGCAAUGAGUCGCAGACGGGACCAUAUUUGCCUUUGGGAUACGUUGCUGCCACCGUCAAAGGCCAUGAUAUGCUCAAUUCCUGCACAUGAUAAUGGUGCCUACGCUAUCGCAUAUGAGCCUAAAAAUCGUCUUUUGUUUACUGGUGGCAAGCGUGGAGAAAUCGUUGUUUCGGAUAUUCGACAACGUAGCAUCAUGCAUACAUUCUCGGCCCACAACUCACGGAUACGUUCGCUUGCUAUAGAUCAGGCCAAUGGCACUCUUGUAACUGGUUCCAUUGAUGGCGACCUAAAGAUAUGGGAUGCGUCUACGUAUAAGAUGAAACAAGCAUAUGACAUCCAACCAAGGAAUCGGUUCCUGGGUACAGGAUUUAAUCGAUUUCCGUUGAAAGCAUAUGGUGUCACUCAAAUACAGAUCAACGAUGAUAGUGUUUAUACAUCUGGGCCAGCAGGUUUGGUUUGUUGGUCAGCCAAUCUGCACAGUAAUGAUCAGAAUAGUGCAGGAACUCUGCAGUAGAAACAAAAAUAAAAUUGCAAAUAUCACAGCUAUUAAAGUCUGUAGUAUGUACAGUAGCCCUCCUUCUUUUUCCCAGCUUUUCUACUGAUGUAUAUGAAUUGUAAACAUGUUAGAUCGUCACUUAUAACUGUAUCUUCAUCAUCACCAUCAUCAUCAUAUGAGGCAGAGAAAAAAAAUUCAAGUACGGAGUCUCCACAUAUUAAAUGAAAUUUAACAGGCACCUUCCA